AUGGAGCGACUUGAGGCUGAUAUGUCGUCUUUGUCGGAACUUGAUUCUUACUAUGGAAAAGUUGAGAAGAAUGUCACAAGUGUGGCACCAAAGAAGACAACUUGUUCUUCAACAGAAGAGGAUGACGAUAAGUACAGCUUUUUAGACAUUGUUUUCUCUUGGAAACUUAAGGAUGCUCUGAAUGAAGAUCUUUACAAAAACAAGGUACAAAAAAUACCAAAUACAUUUGAAUCAGUAUCUAGUUACUUGAACUCCUUCAUCACUCCAUUGAUCGAGGAAACACACUCUGAUCUUUGUUCAAGCUUGAAGGGUGUAUCUCAUGCCCGUUUAUGUGAAAUCAAGAAGGUCGAGAGGGCCAAGUUUUUUAGACCUAACAAAGACCUGUUUUAUCUGAUAACGUUGAAAAAUAUAUCUGAUGAAAUAGAAGAUGGGGAGGAAGAAAAAGGUGGCAAAUAUGUUCCUGAGUCAGGAGAUCUAUUUGUUUUAACAGAUGUUAAACCCAGAAGAACUGAUGACCUGAAUAGACCUGGAAGAUUCUACCAUAUUGUUUAUGUGUGUGGCCCGAAAGAAUCAGAUACCGAAGAAAUACUAAUACUGUCAUCCAAGAUAAUGGAAAUGGAUAUUCUAAAUGAAUUUGGGAGGAUCAAAUCACAAAAACUAUAUGCUGUAUUUCUGAUGAACCUGACCACAAAUAAUCGUAUUUGGAAAGCACUACACUCACUGUCGAUGGAUUACGAUGCGGACAUCAUUAAGCAGGUGUUGCAGCCAGAACUACACGGUGGAGGAACAUGCGAAAAUUGCGAGUCUGAAGAAAAGAAAAAACUUCAUGGUAUCACUGCACGUUGUCUACUACAAAAUCAAAAUCUAAAUGAUUCCCAAGAGAAAGCUGUAUCAAGCUGUGUUGGUAUGAUAAAAUGUGACCACAGUGAUAUCAAGCUAAUAUGGGGCCCUCCUGGAACUGGGAAAACAAAGACACUUGCUUGCUUGCUGUUUUGUCUACUAAAGUUAAAACACAGAUCGCUGGCUUGUGCUCCAACUAACACUGCUAUUGUGCAAGUGGCUGCUCGUUUGCAUGGAUUAUUUCAAGGUUCAGUUGAGUAUAAAAGUUAUGGUUUAGGUGACAUAGUUCUAAUGGGCAAUAAAUCGAGGGUGAAAUUAGAUUCUUCUCCGGGCCUUAAGGAUGUAUUUCUUGAUCAUCGUGUGCAAAAUCUUGGGAAGUGCCUUUCUUCAUUGUCAGGUUGGAAGCAUACUGUGGAUUCAAUGAUCCAUUUACUUGAGGAUCCUAGUAAAGAAUACUCCUUAUAUAAGAAAGAAAAGGGUGCUAUGUCGUUGGAAGAUUAUGUCACGUUGAAAGACAUUGGUGUAGCUUCUGCUUAUAGUGCAUACAAGGAAAGAUGGACGAUUUUUGGCUUCAUGACCUUUGAGGAGUAUGUAAAGAAGAACCGGAAGGACAUUUACGACCGAUUUCUUACGGAACAAGAAAAGAUAAGUAUCUUGACCAAUCAGCAAUUUAUAAAGCAAACUUUUGAGGAUUUAAGAAAGAAGCUCGAGUUCUGUAUGCAAACUUUGUAUACACACUUGCCUACAUCUUUCAUUUCAAGAGAACAGGUGAAGAAUAUGAUUGAAGUCACGGAUUUGUUAGCUUCUGUUGAGAAAAGAUUGAAGGUAACUCUUGAUGGUUAUGGAGAAAGAAGCAUCGGUCCUGAAUGCUUCGGAUCAUCAGGCACAAUGUGCCUUAACUCACUUAGAUUACUUUCCGAAUCAGUUUCCCUUCCUGAUAUUUCAGAAAGAGGUGGAGUAGAAAAGUUUUGCUUAAUGAAUGCAUGCAUAAUUUUAUGUACUGCUUCAGGUUCUAUUAAACUGUAUACAGAAGGGAUGAGUAAAAUAAAAUUUUUAGUGAUUGAUGAAGCAGCUCAGCUUAAAGAAUGCGAAUCUGCUAUUCCGUUAAGGCUUCCAGGCCUAAAGCAUUGCAUUCUAAUCGGUGAUGAGAAACAACUUCCCGCAUUGGUCAAAAGCAAGAUUGCUGAAAAUGCUGACUUUGGAAGGAGUUUGUUCGAGAGGCUUGUACGUUUGGGAUACGAGAAACAUAUGCUAAAUUUUCAGUAUAGAAUGCACCCAUCUAUUAGUUUGUUUCCAUGCAAAGAGUUCUACGGUGGGUUAAUUUAUGAUGGCCCCAAUGUCGUGCAAAGUAGUUACGGUAAGAGAUUCAUGGAGGGAGAGAUGUAUGGAUCUUUUUCUUUUAUUAACGUAUCAAAGGGUAAAGAGCAUUUUGGUCGUGGAGGUUUUAGUUCAAAGAACAUGGUUGAAGCUGCUGCAAUUUCUGAGAUUGUUGGAAGCCUUAAAGAAGAGUUUAUGAGGUCAAAGAAAAAGGUUAGCAUUGGAAUUAUAUCUCCAUACAAUGCACAAGUGUAUGAGAUUCAGGACAAAAUUAAGCAGUACAGUUGCACUUCUCAUCCUGGCUUCACUGUUAGCGUUCGUUCUGUGGAUGGUUUUCAGGGAGGUGAAGAAGAUAUCAUAAUAAUUUCAACUGUAAGGUCUAAUGGGAGUGGAAAAGUGGGUUUUCUUACCAAUGCACAAAGAGCAAAUGUUGCUUUGACUAGGGCUAGAUAUUGCCUUUGGGUAGUAGGAAAUGCAGCUACUUUAGUGAGCAGUGACUCUGUAUGGAGAAAGCUUGUUCUGGAUGCAAAGACUAGAGGUUGUUUUUAUAAUGCUGAUGAUGACAAGAGAUUGGUUGAAGCUAUUGACAUGGCUGCAUUUGAGCUUGAUAUGCUAGAAGAAUCUGAUUCACGCUUUAAGAAACUGAGUAUAGGUGAUAAUAAAUUGCCUAUCAAAUUCUCCAAGUGA